AUGCUUCGGCAGGCCCUUCUGCGUAGCUACAUAGCAAGACCUGCAAUUGUCGAACAUAGUAUCCUUAGGACCUAUGCUACUGCUACCAGAAUUCCAAGGGGUCCAAUAGUACCCCCUCCAACAACUUCCAUCAAACCCAAGCGAAAGACUGUCAAACCGCUGGUUCGAAUAGUUGAUGGCUUCAAGAAAUUCAAACCAAUCACUCCUGGAAUGAGACACGUCAGGAUGUUGAUCAAUCCUCAUUUGUGGAAGGGCAAACCAGUUCGCGAGCUCACUGUACCCUUACGAAAAAAAGGCGGCAGGAAUAACACAGGGCAAGUCGUCGUACGUUCAAGAGGAGGGGGUCACAAAAGGAGACUCAGGACUGUAGACUUUCAUCGAAGCCGUCCAGGUCCUCACGACGUCGUCCGAAUAGAAUACGAUCCUAACCGUUCUGCGCACAUUGCUCUCAUCAAAUGCAGAGACAAAACGGUAGAGCAACCAUGGUCAUAUAUAUUGGCUUGCGAAGGGCUCAGAGCAGGAGACGUUGUUACAAGCUACAGAGGGGGAAUCCCUGACGGACUGGUGGAAGGAUAUGUGGAUGAUCCCAAGAGCAUCAAUAAAUCAAGUCAAGAUGGUAAUGAAGGAAACGAAGAAACUUCUGAAACUGCCCUUUCCCUGGGUAUUCUACGUAGUGUGACCAUCAAAACCGGCAACGUACUACCCCUGCGACUUAUCCCUCCGGGAACGAUCAUACACAACCUAGCUCUCGACCCAAAGGGGCCAGGCCGAUUAGUACGGUCCGCUGGAACUUUUGCUACCAUGAUGAUGCAGGAAGAGAAGGGUGAAUAUUGCCAAGUACGGUUGCAGUCGGGAGAGAUCCGUAGGAUAAGAGCGGAUUGCUGCGCAACUAUAGGAAAAGUUAGCAACGCUAAUUGGAAGGGUAGAAUGUUAGGAAAAGCAGGUCGAAGCAGAUGGAUGGGUCGACGCCCGCACGUUCGAGGAAUGGCCAUGAACGCGUAA